GUGCUUUUCUGCGCAGAGUCAAUCUAUAUAACAGAUGAGCGCUGGAACGGCGAAGUCUAGUCGACUUCUGAAGACGGAGGCGUGUAGAAAAACAGUCUGUUGACCAGCCUACAUUCCUUUAGGCGACUUAACGAGGAUAAACUGUCCCAGACGUGAGAACGGCAGCUCUAAAAGUGACGUUCGCUGUUACCGCCCCAUGGAAUUUCUUUGCUGACGAGCUCGAAUAAUCCACCACGUGGCAAUGGCUAACCAGGAUUAGAUGACAAACCUGGAUCAGUGCAUUCCAGUUUACAGCAGGUCAUUGCUGAUGCAUCAAAAGUUGUGUCUGUGAACAUACUUGGAGUACGUGGACGAGAGUUAUGGUGUGCUUCUGAAAUUUUUGGAAUGAAGAAGUACUUGGAAAGUACAUAUGUUUCCGAGGACUUGACAAAAGGUGUACAAUUGAUGCAAGUACUCGGUGCAGGGAAAGUCAAUCAAUUACAUUGGCUUACUGCCACAGAACCAAUCAAAGGUGAAGGAAUGGAAGCUACCAUUGUAAUCAGUUGUCUGGCUCCUCUGAUUGUUGUCAUUCCUUUGGAUCAGCAGGUCAUUGGAGAGGAUUCAUCACUUUGUUUUCCUGAAAUAAAGAAAUUGCUUGUUUCUGCUCAAGCGGGUAGAAGCCCACUUGUAGUUAUUGGUAUCUGUAAAUACAGCUAUGAUGAAAGAGUACUCAAACAUGUUGUCAUGAAUACACUAGGGAUUCGAACAGACCAUAUGCUUUUUGUGUUAGAGUCAUCAGAUCAUUUAAUGUUAUCCUCAAUUUGUACAGAAAUCAAUAAAGUACUUACUAAGUCAUUGCUAGCAGCUGAAUCGUCCUUUCUGGAAGUGGACAAGGCGAUUCUUCUUGAAAGAUGCAAAAAGACUAAGAUUCUAACUCUUGACCAGUUCCGGAGUAGACUCACUGAGGAUGUGACUGAUGUGCAGUUAGCUCAAUUCACUUUGCAUUUGGAACAGACCAGCUUAGUUAUGUGCUGCCCUUUUGUUAACACUGAAGGCGAUGUCUAUCAGCGUGAACAAUAUAUGACAUCAACCAUUGUCCAAUCCAGAGGUGUUUCUGUUGAAGAUAGUUUAGUGGGAGCUUCUUACACAAAAGGUGCCGACUUGAAUCUUAUCUUGGACCCAAAGUUGUUUGCAAUUGAAGUUGAUAAAAAUAUUGAAUUAUGUCGACUUUUCCAUGCUGAGACCAACAACUGCCUUAUCCCUGCUGUUCGGCACAAUCUCAUCCCAAAAAGCAAACUCAGUCAAAUUUUUCAAGUUCUUUUACCAGCUUUACACAGAGCAAGCAAGGUAUUGAACCCUUUGUUUGUUGCUUGUGGUCAUGCUGACUGCUCUGAGAAGAUCUACAUCAUUGUCACUGAACCUCAGUCGCAACUACCUGUGAUUCCUGAUGCAAGAUCUUGUGUGCUUUUACCAUCAUGUUUAGAAGCAAAUCAGCUGGUGCUUCCACUGAUAGGUUAUCACAGAAUUCCUCCACUGGCAUUUCGAUCGCCUGGGCAUUAUAAGAGAGAUAUUCCUAUUCCUGUAUUUUAUCAGUUGAUUGCUUUCUUGAUGAAACACUUUCCUUCGUUUGUGAAAUGUUGUGCACAUGCAGCAAAGUUUAAUAUAGCAGAUCAACAUGUGUUAGAGGUCUCCUAUGCAGAAACAUACAUCAAAGCUGUUGUAUAUGUUCGUGGUACUGUCUCACCAAUCACUCCUACUAUCUGUGAUGGCAUAAGAAUUAUGAUUCGUGAUCAUUUGGACAUGUUGCUCAAAACCUCUGGUGUACUUGUUAUCUGCCAAGCUGCUGUGCUUCACGACUCUAACUCAACAUGGUCUGAUUUUGUCGACUUAAUUGAUUUCGAUCCUUAUUGCACUAACCAAGAAUUAUGCAGCAUUGGUGGGCAGCUAUUCUCACCAACUGAUGAUUUUUUCUUGUGGUUUGGAAAACUUGGACCAAAACCUAGUGAAAUUCAAAAAAGUUACAUGUCAAUUAAAAGUGAUAUUGAUCCUGUCCGUGCUUUGACGUGGCUGUAUGAGAGGCAACUCAUCAUUGGAUCAGAACUCGACCGAAUGUUGGAUCAAAAUGCUGAUAUGCGUUUACAGGCGUUACUUUUAUUACUUGAAAAUAAAGGAGCAAGAGGACUUGAAAUAAUUGAUGCUAUACUGCAUGAUAAUACGCUGAAGAAACAUCAAAGGUUGACUGUUGAAACAGAAACAGAGAUUGCCCAAAUUGGAGAGGGACGUAGACAUCAACAAGCUCAUAGAGUGAUGGCUGCAUCUCCAAUGCAGGAGCCAUCAUUGACAGCAAAGGCUGAUUCUCAUAGUAAGCCUGGCGAUCAUGAAAUAUCAAGAAAUGUAGGGCAAACCGAUGCCGAUUUGAACUAUUCAACUCUUGAAAGUACAAGGAAAGAACAGCUAAACCAGCUCGGUAUCAAGUCUUUGCAAUCUAGAUCUGCACAGCAGUCUCAAGAAAGUUCAAUAACGUCGACUACAUCAUUAUCGGCUAUUUAUGCUGGUCUUCAGGAGGAACAAAUUGCCAUUCCACGUUCAUCGUUAACAGUAGUGCAGACGAUUACAAGGACAACAGACAGUGAACUUUCCAGUGAGAGAGAGCCAUCAAUAACUGAAGUGAAACGAGAUCCUGAAGUUCAUCCAAUAUUUGAGAGCAAGUAUUGGCACGUUGAAAGAGCAACCAACAGUUUUAAUGAAGUUUCUCUGCAAAAGGGAGGAAAGAGACUGGGAGUUGGUUCAUUUGGAACAGUCUUCCAUGGAGUGCUCCACUCUGAAACCGGCCAGAAAUUUGAAGUUGCCGUGAAACGUCUCAAGAAGGCUACCAGUUUGAAUCCCGCUCAAGUUAAAAUGAGUCGAAAGCAGUUUGGAACUGAGAUGAAUGUGCUGACUCGUUAUCUCCACAAGAAUAUCAUACGACUUGUAGGAUUCUCCAGUGAUGGACCGGAACUCUGUCUUAUAUAUGAGUAUAUGUCAAGAGGACCUUUAUCCCACAGACUUGACUGCAAGGACAACACUCUUCCUCUUGACUGGCGUGUUCGUUUAACAAUUGGUCAAGAUAUUGCAUCUGCCUUGGAGUUUCUUCACACAGCUUUUCGUCUACCAGUUGUCCACCGUGAUGUGAAGUCAUCCAAUAUCCUGUUGGGGUCCCACUUUGAAGCCAAGUUGAGUGACUUUGGCCUGGCAGUAAUCUGGGACUCUGAUGGUGAUCAGCAGCCUGAAGACACAGGGGAGCCAUCUUACGGAACUCGGGCUUACAUGGCACCAGAAUCACUGCAAGGGUUAAUAUCAACCAAAGGGGAUGUCUAUAGUCUUGGAAUGAUCUUUCUGGAACUAGCAACUGGUCUUCCUCCCUACUCGAGUCGAAAGAAACAGACUUUGAAAGCAUACCUGGAGGACAUGGAACGUCAGAAAGUCAACAUUGUGAAAAUGCUAGAUCCCAAAGCUCGAUGGCCAAUUAGCAGACGAGGACAGGGCAAAGACAGUUCUUAUGGUCUUGAUUUAUUAAAGAUUGGGAAGAUGGCUGCAAUAGGGGAUCACACAAAUAGACCUGACAUUGUUGAGGUUUUACUUCAGCUGACAGCACUUAUUAGCAAUAUUGAACAGAGUUAGGAGUGAACAAUGCUGAUGCGGGUAAGUACAGUUAGACUAUUGUAUACUGCUUCCUAUAGUGAUUGAAAAGUUUUAAACUAUUGACAUGCAGAGUGCAAUGUUUAAGAAAGUAAAUACAGUAUAUUGACUAAAUGAAAA